AUGUCCAAUGAUGAAGCUAUCAUGCACGCAACCACAUCUUCUCCACCCUCUUCUCCCAAGUCUCCUCAGCCUAGCUCUGAAACCCAUAAAGGACCUUGGCAUUCGAACAACAACAACAACAACUCAACACAUCAAAACGCAGGAUCCAAAAUCCCUCCGGCUUCAGCUCGACCUGGACACCUUCUUCAAGCACGAGGUCAUUCGGGUUUGAAUAUUUCCAUUCCUUCGAGUCCAUCCUCAUCUAAAUUACCUCAAAAACCCUCUAGUCCAUCCUCAUCAAGAUUACCUAAUUAUUAUACGAAUAGAAGUAUUCAUGUGGGAUCUCCAACAUCAGAUGGCAUGAUGGAAGAUUUUCAUAUCUUUUCCAUGUACAGCCAACACAUGUUGAAUGGUGAAUUUUCUUCGAAUCAAGGACAAUAUUCGGAAUGUCUCAAAACUUGCUUGUCAAGUUUGCGAGUCAAGACCAUGAGUAUUUUGUUUUUAACGUUUGCUUCCAUUUUAAUCAUUUGCUUGAUUGGGUUGGGUGUGGCAUUUCAUCUCUCUUUUGACGAGGUUGAGAACAAGGUGGCAAUUGAAACUUUCAGAAAAACAAGUCGAGCAAUUGAGGAUGAUUUUCGAAUGCUGUUGGAAAAGGUCUAUGAUUAUGCAGCUUGGGAUGAAAGUUUUUUCAUCAUGAAAGACAAUGACUUGAAAAGAGCUCAGGGAUUAAUGGAAACAUACUUCUUAGCUCCGUUUAUGGAGCGUGCAGCAAUUAAUUAUGCUGGAAUGUACUAUUCUAAUGGUACAAUGAUGGCAGGAGUUGGUGCAUGGAAAUCUCGAUACCUGAAAGACAUACCUUACGAAUUGAAACAACUAGAUAGGCAAUUGUUACGAGAGUCGGAUCACCCCGAAACCCGCAGCAUUGGCUUUGUUGUGCCUGAGAAGAGUUUAUUGGAGUUAUUGAGGGAUGAAGAUAGGUCCACCUAUUUAAACGAUACACAGCCAGCAACAAGAACUUCCAAUGUGUUGCAAAUUGGCUUGGUACCUAUUCAGCCGAACAACAACUCUGUGACUUGUGGCUUUUUCAUGUAUGGAAAAUAUGUAUCACUACGUUAUGUUCAUGACAUGUCAAUACGAACUCAAAUGUGUACAAGCUUUUUCGAUGUGCUUUAUGAUAGAGACGCAUUAAGGUCUCUCAUGAGAGAUUUUCCUGGACGUUCUGAAGGUGAAUUGAAACAGUUUUUUGAGAAGGUAGAGUCCACCAAACUAUUGGAUUACAAAAACGAUUCUUGGACAAAAGGGUUACCAUUUCAUGUGACAAAGCAAGUACCAUAUGACAAUGAAAAAUAUAGAGGUUGUCCAGAAAGCUCAGUCACCGCCACAACACCCCGAAUGGCUACUUAUCAAAUGUUUACUGAUAUCAGUGGUACCCACAGAAUACUAGUACGUACGGAUUUACCAAGGGAUAUGGCCGAAGUUGGAUGGAAUUCUUUUGCAUACUCGUGCUUGGUAUUAGUUGCAAUCGUAUUGGGAUUAACACUGACAGUAAUGGUAUUUGUAGAAUGUUGUGUUCUUCGAAGAGUCUUAAAAAUUGGAAAAACAGUGCAAUCAAUAACAUCGUCGAACGACAUUAAGCAACGUGUUCCUAAUGCAGGACGAGACGAGUUAGGAACGCUUUGUCAGGAUAUUAACAGGAUGUUGAACGCGUUAGAAGAAUCACAAUCCAAGCUGGCAAAAGAUAACAAUAUCAUGCAGAUCUUGUUGGAAAAGACAGCGCUUGAGGAACAAAAAUCGAGAUGUGUCAUGAACGCUAUACAUGACUACAUUGUCACAGUCGAGUGCACAACAGGUGUGAUCAUCAACAUGAAUAUGGCCUUCGAACAAAAAUUAUUGAAGAAGCAUACAUCUGACAACAGCCGUAGAAGCCUCUCUGAGAAUCAGAUAGCUAAUUACAUCACAGAGUUUGAGUCCAUUGAAAGGUUACUGGAACAUCUAGAGUCGCUUUCAAAGAGUAAUGACGAUGGCCAAUUUGAAACUGUAGUGGUAACACCAUUUGGUGUAAAACAUCCAGUAAGCGUGAAUGUGACAAAAGCCAAAAUGACUCUAAGGGAGGGAAUGAUUGGAGACGCAUACAUCAUUGUGCUUCGAAACUUGAGCGAACAGAGAGAAUUGAAAAGCCAGCUUCACCAACAGCAAGAAAAACUUGAAGAAAUGAGAAAAGUUUCUGAAUUUAAUAAUGUCAUGAAAGAUGGAAUACUGAGAAACUUGUUAAAAGAAUUUGCGGCUUCUGAAAUGAGUUUGGAAAACGUUGAAUUUUUGGAACAUGUCGAAAUUUACAAAUCCUUAUCUAAAAUUAGAGACAGAUCGGCUCUACAACAAGAAAUUAUUGCCAAAUAUUUAGACAGAGAAUCAAGCGCACCACUUAAUGUUUCAAAGCAUGUCAUUGAGAGCGAGUUCAAAAAAAUCAUUUCAGGAUUUGGGCAAUUAGAUUUAUUUGAUCGCUUAGAAAAUAUUAUUAAGCAAAUGGUUAUUAAUGACACCUUUUCACGAUUCCUUGUAUCCAAAGACUAUUUAGAUUACAUCAACAACAGUGACAUACCUGAAGAUACCACCAGCACAGAAGGAACAGAGUCCAAUGACGUGACACAUCCAGAGUGUUGA